ACUCGCGCACGGACCUUCGCUGCGCCGCUGCGGACAGACUUCUCUGCGCCGCCGCCGGAGCUCCUGGCGUUGCGGUGCAGCCGCGCGCGGACAGACUUCCGCAACAGGGUUCCGGCCUGGCAGCGGCCUGGCAGCCGCCUGGCAAGCGCCCUCUCACCCAGAGCCAUGGCCGCAGCCGGUGGGCCGGAAGCUGCUGGACGCUGCCCCCUUCUCAGCCUCCUUUUGCUUCUGCUGAUCGCGGGCCCUGCCCUCGGCUGGAAAGACCCUGACAGAAUAUUGUUGCGGGAUGUAAAAGCUCUUACCCUCUACCAUGACCGCUAUACCACCUCUCGUAGGCUGGAUCCGAUCCCGCAAUUGAAAUGUGUUGGAGGCACAGCUGGAUGUGAUUCUUACACCCCAAAGGUCAUACAGUGUCAGAACAAAGGUUGGGAUGGUUAUGAUGUACAGUGGGAAUGUAAGACCGAUUUAGAUAUUGCAUAUAAAUUUGGAAAAACUGUGGUAAGCUGUGAAGGCUAUGAAUCCUCUGAAGACCAGUAUAUACUAAGAGGUUCCUGUGGCUUGGAGUAUAACUUAGAUUAUACAGAACUUGGCCUGAAGAAAUUGAGAGAGUCUGGAAAAAACCAUGGCUUUAACUCUUUCUCUGAUUAUUAUAACAAGCUGUACUCCCCAGAUUCUAGUGGCAUCAGUGGAUUGAUUACCAUUGUAGUACUACUUGCUAUUGCUUUUGGAGUUUAUAAAUUGUUCCUUAGUGAUGGUCAAGAUUCUCCUCCACCAUAUUCUGAGUAUCCUCCAAAUUCCCAUCGUUAUCAGAGAUUCACCAACUCAGCAGGACCCCCUCCUGCAGGCUUUAAGUCUGACUUCACAGGACCACAUGGUGCAGCCUCUGGUUUCGGCAGUGCUUUCGCAGGACAACAAGGAUAUGACAAUUCGGGACCAGGGUUCUGGACUGGCUUGGGAACUGGGGGAAUAUUAGGAUAUUUGUUUGGCAGUAACAGAGCAGCAACACCCUUUUCAGACUCGUGGUACUACCCGUCUCCUUCAUACUCUAGCACAUGGAAUAGUCGUGCUUACUCACCCCUUCGUGGAGCCUCAGGGAGCUCUUCGGCAUAUUCAAGCUCAGAGACAAGAACCAGAACAGCAUCAGGAUAUGGUGGUACCAGAAGACGAUAAGAGACUAAAAAGUUGAAGUCAAACACUGGAUGCAAAAUUUCUGAUUUUAAAGUACUGGUGUGAAUAAAAAAAAAAAAAGUGCUACCUGCUAACAACUGGGGAAUAUGUAAAAGCUGUGUGGUUUUUUUUGGUCCUGUAUUGCUUUUUGUGCUCUAUUACUUGAGACUAACAGUUGAUAUGUGAGAAAAUGCUUCUGUAGAGGAUUGUAUGUUAGUGUAAUGUGCAUUUGUUUUUUACAGUUGUGAUGAUUACUGUGGAAAGCUGAAAAUGUGUUAAUUUCUAAAACCUAUGACAUCAUUAAGAAUGAAGGCUUUAUGACCAUUAGACACUGGGUACGGAAAAUGUCAAUCUUACAUGGUUUUAGUUGAUGAGUCAUUACCCUAUAAAAACAAUAAUAAUCUAUUUGG